AUGGCGGACCAUUAUAUCUCGCCUAAACUCUUGCGCACCUCCAUUAUCAAAUGGCCAAAACUCAUUUUGAAUAAACUUUUAGUGUUUGGUUUCAACACAUACAAUAUCCUCAAAUUCAAACGAGAGAUUAGCAAACCUUUGCAGUUCAAUGAGUGGAAGGACACAUCUAUAGAAUGCUAUGUGCGAACCAAUAAGAUCUUUGCUCAGGCAUGUAACAAUCUCGGUUUAUCUCCAACAAAGGAGGUUUUCAAUUUAAUAAAUUUGAAAUUAAAUCAAUCCUGCGGAAAUCAUUUGAUUGGUGCGCUUUGCACUAGAGUCUUGAACUUUCAAAGUCAAACAGAUAAGAAAGUAGCAUGGGAUUUGAUUUCCAUUGACGCCAAUCCCAAAGUGGUUACAUUUAACGUCAUCCCGGACGAAGACGGGGUUGGUAUGUAUGUUCAAUAUGUGAUGAAUUUGAAAACUACCCAAAAGUUGACCAUAGCAGAUAGGUUGAACCCUAAUAAGAUCAUCACAGAAACCGAGUCUAAAGUAGAUGAUUAUUUGGUGUACACAAUGAACCCAUGGGAUGGGCGGAUUUUGCUAGUUGGGAAGUUGUUCGAAAGUGAUGCAAGUAGAGGUAUGAAAUCUGACUUGGAUGUUUUCAACAACCUGGUAAUGGAAAAGUUCCUUACUGAGUCAGCUGAUAUUUACCGUGAGGAUCCAAGGAAAAAGCAAUUGAAUGGGGAAGCAACUUGA